UGAGGCAGAGUGAAAGUGGAGGAAGCAGGCAGACGUGUUGCAACAGAUGGCUUUACCAGCGGCGGCUCGGCGGCUGCUGCACCGCCGUUAGACACACUCGGAUGCAGAGAGGGAGGGAGGGGAGCUCGUAAGCGUGGCUGUGGAACAAAUCAAGAAAAAAAGGAGGCAGAGGGAGACUUUUUCCUCCUCCUCUGCUUCGGCUAACAAACUCACUCUUCCUCUCCAGACACACAGGAGCACAUGCCGGUGUGAGCGCAAGUUUUUAAAAAACAUUAUUUUAUGGAUUUCCGAAACUAAGGGGAGUUAUGGAGGUGGCAGUGUGAACCGAGCCUUCCUCCCCUUCCUGUCGGAGGGGUCAGAGAGGAGAACACCUGCUGACAGCGAGGAGUUCCUGAAGGAGGCGACGCAGCAGCAGCCGCAGGAGGAGGAGGAGGACUGAGCACAGCAGGAAACGCCACACACACCUGACAGGUCCCUGCUGAGCCCAGCACUGUCAAACACUUGCCACACUCUACAGCAUCAGCACAAGAAGCUGAGACAACUCGUGGGAAGCAGCUGAUUGGUUGACCUUUGUGGGGAGGCCCAGGGGUCAAAGGCCAUGGCGGGUCGACUUCUCCUCUUCCUGUUCGUCUCCGUGACGCUCUGUCACGCUCAUUUUUCUUCUACGCAACGCCUGAAGCCCCGCCUCCAGAGAGACAGACGCAACAUCCGACCAAACAUUAUCCUCAUCCUGACUGAUGACCAGGACAUGGAGCUGGGGUCGAUGCAGGCAAUGAAUAAGACUCGCCGCAUUAUGGAGGAGGGCGGGACUUCCUUCUCUAAUGCCUUUGUGACCACACCCAUGUGCUGCCCGUCACGCUCAAGCAUGCUCACUGGGAAGUAUGUUCACAACCACAACACCUACACCAACAACGAGAACUGUUCCUCGCCGUCUUGGCAACGGCAGCACGAGCCGCGGACCUUCGGCGUUUACCUCAACGACACUGGAUACAGGACAGCCUUCUUUGGAAAGUACCUGAAUGAGUACAACGGUUCGUACGUUCCCGCCGGGUGGAGGGAAUGGCUCGGUUUGGUGAAGAACAGCCGCUUCUACAACUACACGCUGUGUCGCAACGGCGUGCGAGAGAAGCACGGAGCGCAGUAUCCACAGGACUACCUGACCGACCUGAUCACAGCAGAGUCGAUCCGUUACUUCCGCUCUUCGAAGCGAGUUUAUCCUCACCGCCCUGUUCUGAUGGUUCUGAGUCACGCGGCCCCUCAUGGACCCGAAGACUCUGCCCCGCAGUACAGCACCGCCUUUCCCAACGCAUCGCAGCACAUUACUCCCAGUUAUAACUACGCGCCAAACCCAGACAAGCACUGGAUCAUGCGUUACACCGGCCCCAUGAAGCCCAUUCACAUGGAGUUCACCAACAUGCUGCAGAGGAAACGACUGCAGACGCUUCUGUCUGUGGACGACAGCGUGGAGAAGCUGUAUAACAUGCUGGUGGAGACGGGCGAGUUGGAAAACACCUACAUCAUCUACACGUCAGAUCACGGCUACCACAUCGGCCAGUUCGGCCUCGUUAAAGGUAAAUCUAUGCCGUACGAGUUUGACAUCAGAGUCCCGUUCUACAUCAGAGGACCUAACGUGGAGCAGGGCAGCAUUAACCCUCACAUGGUCCUAAACAUCGACCUGGCUCCGACCAUCCUGGACAUCGCUGGUGUCGACACUCCUCCAGAUAUGGACGGAAAGUCGAUACUGAGUCUGCUGGACACAGACAAACCUGCCAACAGGUUCCAAGUGAACAAGAAGGCGAAGGUGUGGAGAGACUCGUUCCUGGUGGAGAGAGGGAAGCUGCUCCACCAGGUCGUCGAAGGUAAGGAAGUAUCGCAGGAGGAGAACUUCCUGCCCAAACGCCAACGAGUGAAAGACCUGUGUCAGAGAGCCGAGUACCAGACGCCCUGCCAGCAGACGGGACAGAAGUGGCAGUGUGUGGAGGACGCCACGGGGAAGCUACGGCUUUUCAAAUGUAAGCAUGAAGGAGGAGGGGCCAAAAGCUUCCAGAGGGGUGCUGUUGGCCGUCAUCGUCCAAUCAGCAUCAAGUCUCAACUGUACCUUCCAAAUUCUGGCGCCUGUGACUGCGAUUUCCAUGACCUGCGACCUCUGAACCUUCGACCCUCCAUGAUGAAGCCGUUUAACAAGAAGCCGUUCUUCUCCAAAAAGAAGUUCAAAGCCCUGAAGAAUUACUCCAGGAACCGUUACAGCCGCUCUCUCUCCAUGACGAACAAUUACCCUGGAAACCAGAGCCUGGCAGGCUGGGAUCAGCCAAUGAGAGACGAGUUUGAGGACGAGUUCAGCGGGAUGGGAGGAGAUGCCAACGCCGUGGUCACACCCAACUCCGUCAAAGUCACUCACCGAUGUUCCAUCCUGUCUAAUGCAACAGUGAAGUGUGACACGGGCGUGUAUCAGUCCCUGCAGGCCUGGAAGGACCACAAGCUGCAUAUCGACCACGAGAUUGAGACUCUGCAGACGAAGAUAAAGAACCUGAGAGAGGUCAGAGGUCACCUGAAGAAGGCCCGCCCCCAGGAGUGCGACUGCAGCAAAUAUCUGUACAAAUCCAAACUGAAGAACAAACUGAGGUACAGAGGAGGAAGUCUGCAUCCGUUCAGGAAGGCCGGGGCUCGGGACAAGAAGGCGUGGCUUCUGAAGGAGCAGAAGAGGAGGAAGAAGAUGAGGAAGAUGAUCAAGAGAAUCAGAAACAAUGACACGUGUUCAAUGCCGGGACUCACCUGCUUCACUCAUGACAACCAGCACUGGCACACGGCGCCGUUCUGGACGUUGGGUUCAUUCUGCGCCUGCACCAGUGCCAACAACAACACAUACUGGUGUCUGAGAACCAUCAACGAGUCCCACAACUUCCUGUUCUGUGAGUUUGCGACCGGCUUCCUGGAGUACUUUGACCUCAACACGGACCCGUACCAGCUGAUAAAUGCUGUCAGCUCUUUAGAUCGAACGGUUCUCAAUCAGCUCCACGUGCAGCUGAUGGAGCUCAGAGGAUGCAAGGGACACAAACAGUGUAAUCCUCGCACGCGCUCAGUGGAACCAGCAGGAGGGCGGGCACAUGGCAGCUUUCAUGACUACAGGCUGUUUGAGAGGAGGAAGUGGCAGAGAGUCAAGAAACCUUCAUCGUCUCGAACCCUGGGUCCGAUCUGGGACGGAUGGAAGGGCUAAACCUUUAGAUUGGUUGGACUCCGCCCACAUCAGCUCAAAGGUGGAGGGCGUGGUCGUCAAUACAUCAUCACCGAUUGACCACCACAUCUCCGCCUCACCUGUCAGCCAAUCAGCUUCUUUAGUCUAUGUGACAUCACCAGGACCUCCCACCCUGCCGCUCAGGGAGACACUGGGACAAAAUAGUCGACGCACCCCUCCACUGGGUGCUCCAACUUCCUCUUCUUCCUCCCUUGACGAGGAGGGGAGCACCAUGUGGAGGAGCAAGAAGAAGGAGGAGGAGAGGAUGAGGAGGAUGAUGGGGAUGAGGAGGAGGCAGAGAGGUAGACGAGGAAACCGUGAUUGUAAAAUAAAAGCAGGCUUAUUUGAGGAAAAACCUUUUGCAGUUUCACACCACCGAACAUCAAUCUGCUGAAAAUCCAUCUGCUGAAAUUCUAUUCUUAUCUCAUCUCGUCUCUGACAGAAAUCAUGUUGCUUCAGGUGUUCAUUAAGUUUCAUUUUUCUUGAUUCAGUCGCAGCACUCUUUGUUUUUAAUUUCAGGUUUUUUUCAGACACCAUCGCUGGAGCAUCACUUUAUAAAAAAGUUUCUUUUCUUCGUUUUUUUGAGCGACUCUGUUAAAGAUGGAAAAAAUUCAGAUAGAUGUUUUUUUUUCAGUUUUUGGCUUCAGAGAGAGAACAACACAAACAGCUUCUGCCGUGAUGAAAUAAAUGUUGUGUACCAACCUCUUAACUUUAUUUUUGAUACAUUUUCUUGCUAUUACACUAUAUUGAAAAUGGUAAAUUGGUAUUAAUAACAAGAAAACGUUCAUAAGAAAAUGUUUUGCUAGAUAUAAAAUUUUCCGUGAUACAGAACACUUUGCUUGUUCCAUAAAGAUGGAAUAAUUUUAAAAAAGGAAACAUGUGAACCCACUAUGAGGACAAACAUUUGUAUUUUUUAUGGCUUUACAAGUUUUUACAAAAUAUAAUAUAAUAACAUAUCAUAAAUAUCAUAAAUACUGAAAGCAGGUGAAAACUGUCACAGUAUAACGAGAAAUUUUGUUUCCACAAUAAUGAAUAAAUAAGUAAAAUUAAUGAAUGAAUUCACAUCUCAUUAAAACAAGAACAAAUAUUUUAACAUAUUUUUGAAGCUUUGGGGGAAAAUGUUCCAGCUGCAGUGAAAAACUCGUAGUUUACAUGAGACACAUUGUUUCUGACAUUUUUAUCAUUCUGAGUUUUAUAACAAGCAGUGACAUGAAUACUGAAGGAUCUUGGAAAUGUGAAGUUUUUUGGAAUUUACAUUAUUAUGUGACACAUUUCCUUAGGGGAAAAAAUGGUAUAUCGCAACAGGAGAAUAAAGUCUGAUGAGAUUAAAAAGUA